GCUGCUAUCUGUUAUGUGCCUUGAUACAACGCGCUUUCGUAAUUCGGGGAAUCCACUGACGCUGCUGCAUUAAACCGUAAUGCAUAAAGAAGUGUAAAUAAAAACAGCAAAUGCAGUAGUUGUCAUUGCUAAAACGAACUUUGAAGUGAAUGGACGGUUUUUUUUUACGUAAUUGUACGCUUUCUAUGUGCUACUAUUUUUAUUAUCGUUUCGGAUUUAAGAUUUGAGAAAGCAUCAAGUGAUAAUUUUACAAUGAGUGGACAAAGUGCCAAUAAUGAAAAAAAUUUAAAACCUCAUAAAGCUGAAGAAUGGGAAAUCGAAUUAAUCGGCAAGUUUCUGUUUGAAGAGUUCCAGAAUUUGGUCUUUGGUUGGCGCACCGACUGGUUGGUGCGUAAACAUAUUUUACGAGCGAAGUUUACAAAAUACCUCCAAACUGAAGGAAAUGAAACUCGUCGCCGAUUUCUGGAGGCAAACGGUACAUGCGAUAUCGGCACUUUACUCUUUCGCACCAAUUACCUGAUCAAUACAAAACGCGGUAGUGACCAUUUUCGGAUCAGAAAUUUAUCUUUAUUUAUGUAUAUGAAUAAGAAAAUGGAGGAACUUGACGAAAGGCAAAAGAAUGGUGAAACGACGACUGGGUGUAUGGCACGUGACGACGAUGACAAAACUAUGAUACAUGGCGAUCCGGCGCUGAUGGCAUUACUGCAAGUGGACGAAAAUGCACCAAUGCAUGAGGUGCUCUACGAGGGUAGUAUGCAUCAGAAGCAUACAUCCACAUUUCAGCUCAGCAGCAUGGGUUGCUAUGUUUGCCGACUAAAUUUCAGCUCGCCGGCAAGCUUUGAAGAUCAUGUGGAAGAACAUGGCGACGAGUCGGAUUUUAAGAUACUUAAGGAUUAUUCCAAAAGCGCUUCGCCAAUAUUCAAACUCUCCUACAAUCUUUGCAUCAAUUCCCAUUAUUUUCGCUUCAAUUUGGAAUCAACACGUCCGAAUAUUGUCAUAGAUAAGCUAGUGAUUGUACAGUCGCGUUCCUUCUACUAUGUACACAAUACACGUGUGCCAUAUGAGUUGGGCGCGGACGGCAAAGAUAAUUUUUUCGUGGAUAGUCAUCUUUUUCGCAAAAGUGUUGUACAGCCGAUUGUUGUGGUGUUCCAUGACAAGUCCAGCAAGGAGAUGCGUUAUGUAGAGCAGCACCAUUUUUGUCGCGUUGAGGAGUUUCCAGUGGUUAAAUUAAGCAUCAAUCCUUGUCGUUUAUCAAAUAGCAUUAAAUUUAAACCGAAAUUUAACCUUCCUACGUAUAUGCCGCCAAAGGAAAUUCGCCAUGCUCUACAAUCGCAAAUCGUUGAAUCGUCGCUUGCAGAACUUUCGAAUGAAUUUAAAGAUUAUUUGGAUAACAACAGAACAAUGACCCAAUCAAAUAUGCGCGAGGCGAUGUUAAAACUGUUACAAAUCGAGGAUUCGGAUACAAUUCAGGAGUAUUCGAGUCUGGUGCAGCAUAACGUUAAAUUGCGAAAAUAUGGAGGCGAAUAUAUUGUUAAGCUAAAAAUACCGAAAAAUACACGUUACGAGAAUGUAAUUUUUCCCUAUGAUGAUGUCAUUGUUUUGCCGCCUGACGAGGUACCACAAACAUUGGGUGAUAUAAUGAACAAAAUGGAACAGUUUGUAUAUGAGCCUGGGGUUAAGAAAUCGUCAAACAAGAAGAAUAAACCCUUCCUCGGCCGAAUUGAAAGUAUUUCAUAUGGGCGAGUAGCAUUUAAAUGCGCCAGAGACAUACCGAUUGACAAAACUUACACGAUACUCUUCCGGCCAGCACGUAUGGUUAUUCGAUACCAAUAUCGCGCUUUAGAACAGUUGGUAGCCAUUCCACCGUUGGUUUUGAAAAAAUUCCUCUUCCCCGAGAAAGUCAUGGUGCAGGAAUUACCAGCUUUAAGUUUGGAGCUGUUUAAUAAAGCCAUCAAUACUAGUCCGGAACAGUUGCAGGCCAUACAGUAUGUGGUGAAUAACAGCGUAGAGAAAUCAGCACCAUACAUUAUAUUCGGACCGCCAGGCACCGGAAAGACAACAACGUUGGUGGAAGCCAUUUUGCAAAUUUAUAUGCUCCAACCACAGUCGCACAUACUCGUUACAGCCGGUUCGAAUGGUGCGUGUGAUGAGAUCGCGCUACGUCUCUGCAAUGUGCUGGCACGAAUGGAUGAGACACAAGCUAUAAUACGCAUCUAUUCGCGCUCGUAUGAGCAUCGUUCGGAUAACAUAAAUGAAUUGCUAUUGGAGUAUUCGAAUUUAUAUGCAGAACAUUUUUUGCCAGAUGUGCAAGUGUUGCACAAUUAUCGUAUUGUUGUGUGUACAUUGAGUCUUGUCGGGCGCUUGUCAACGGGCAAAUUUGGCAAGCAAAUAGACGGUAGCGGUGUAUUUACACAUAUUUUUAUUGAUGAGGUAGCCGCUUCAACAGAAGCGGAAGCUUUGGUGGUGCUUAUGCCAACGAUCAGCCCAACAGCCACUUUGGUAAUAUCUGGCGAUCAUCGACAGUUGGGUCCAAUAUUGAAUUCAACACAUGCAGCGGCAAUGGGUUUAGAAGUGUCGCUAAUGGAACGCCUACUGAAACGUGAUUGCUAUCGUGUCGAUGAACAGGGCAACUACAAUCCGGCAGUACAGACACGAUUGCGCCGGAAUUACAGGUCACAUCACGAAAUUGUGAAUUUGUAUAAUAAGAUGUACUAUGAUGGCCAGUUGAAGGCAGAAGCCGAUCCAGCCGUUGAGCAACUAUGUCGCGACUGGAGUCGAUCACCCAAUCCCGAUUAUCCCAUCAUUUUUCAUUCUAUCUUUGGUCAUGAACAGCGUGAUAAUAAUUCGACGAGUCGAUAUAAUCCGCUAGAGAUUAGCGUCGUGAUGGAUUAUGUACGCGAUCUACUAUAUUUCGGUAUUAAGGGCAAAAAACUGAAGCAGGAGGACAUUGGCAUUAUUUCGCCAUAUAAGAAACAAUAUAUGCGCAUUCAGGAGGAAUUGAAUCUACGUAAUUGGUAUGAGAUCGAAACGGGUGCUGUCGAAUCUUUCCAAGGAAAAGAAAAAACCAUAAUAAUUGUCUCCUUUGUACGUUCGUUCAGCAAGACAUUGGGAUUUUUGGACAGUCCAAAACGUUUAAAUGUGACCCUAUCGCGCGCCCGUUCGUUACUGAUACUCAUUGGCAAUCCGAAAACUUUGAGCAUAAACGACGAUUUCAAGCAUAUCAUUGAACAAUGUCAACUGCACAAAACAUUGGUGGGUGCCACCUAUCAUGAAAGUGAUAUCAGCGGUUCGAAUACGUCGCAGAAUGAUAAAACUAACGAUGAAGCAACGCAGAAACUUGCGAAAUCUAUGAAGAAGUUAAAUGUUAGCAAAGAGAAUUUAGCUGAGGACAAAAAAAACGGUGCAAAACCGAAGAUCAUAAGUUUAAACGAAUGGAUAAAGACCCAGGGGAAUGCAGUUGGCGGGCAAGCGAAUGAAAGUGCAUCGGCCGCGGAUGAUGCGCUCAAAAGCAAGAACAGCAGCACAUUCAAAACCGUUAAGACAGCGUCCACAAAAAAACAACGCCAAACAUUUGCGCUCUACAAGGGUGUCCACUUAAACUAUCUGCAUCUUAACGAGGGUGCCAACAGCAGUACUGCUAACAAUAUCAAUACUGCAAUGAAAAAUUCAGAACUUGAUGACUUUUUGAAAGAGUUGCCACGUGUACCAAAACGCCAGCAUCACCAACAUAAUGAACACAAUUUUGAAAUACCCCCUAGACCAAGUACUUUUGACGAAGAUUUAGAAGAAAUUAGAGAUCGUUUGAAUCAGCUACAUAAGAAAUCGCUACCACUAAGGCAAACAUGUGAGCCAGCAACUGAAAGCCAUACGUCCACAGCAGCCAACAAAAAAGUUCAAUGGCGUAGUACGUCUACAGCAGCCAACAACAACGAUCAGUGGCGUAGUACGGUUACAGCAGCUAACAAUAAGAACCAGUUGCGUAAUACGUCCACAGCAGCUAACAAUAACGCUCAGGGAGGUAGAACAUCCACAUCAGCCAACAACAACGAUCAGUGGCGUAGUACGUCCACAGCAGCCAACAACAACGAUCAGUGGCGUAGUACGUCUACAGCAGCCAACAAUAACGCUCAGGGAGGUAGAACAUCUACAGCGGCCAACAACAACGUUCAGUUGCUUAAUACGACCACAGCAGCCAACAAUAACGACACAGCAGUCAAGAAUAACGUUCAGUCGCAGAAUACGUCCACAUAUGUUUCUAUAAAGACUCCGAUAAGUGCAAUUAGAUAUACCACGACUUCAGAAUACACUAAGCCACCAUCAACAACUAUAAGUGGAACUGCCCCGCCUUAUGUUCAGUCGACUUGGAAGCCAACAGGCAACGGCAGAGUAUUUGUUGGCCACGAAGAAUACCCGACAUCUUCCAGAUAUGUGCGUGUUCACACACAGCCAACGCAAAAGCCGAAGUCUUCGAAGAAAAGUUGCAUUAUCGCUUAACCGUGGAAGUUAUGCAAACUCGCAAAGUUAUAUUUAUAUUUUUUUCUUUAUUUUUAUGCAAAGUUUAUGGGCGAAUAUCGGAUAGCGGCUUCUAUUGUCGCCGCUUCUGUGUCGCCUUGAGUUUUGCUCGUAGUCUUGUUGUAUCGGUGAUUCCAAAUGUUGUGAGAGCGUGAAGAAAGGUUAGGCAGAAAUGGAUAUAUUAAGUGAAUUGCAUCGGUUUGUCUACUUUAUAAUCCGACGAACUUGCUUUCUUUGUAUCACCCACCGUUAGCCAACUUUUCUUAAAUUUUUAUAUUUUCUUGCCAUUCUGGCACGCUCUUGGAGUAGAAUCGCUUAUACAAAAAAAAAAACCAUUAGAGCGUGAAAUUGUACGCCAAACAGCUUGUGAACAGUAAUAUUUCCAAGUUAGUAAGUUUUACGUAUGUGUAGUGUGUGUGUGUGUGUGUGGAGCGAAGUCUUCAAAAACAAACAUUUUAAUUAUUUUGUUGGCUCGCGUAAAGUAGUUUUACUAUGAGGCUGCUAAGAAAGCAGCUUCGAUUUUAUUGCAAAAUAUUUUGCCAGUUCAGUUGUUUUAAAAUGAGAUGCCAAUUAGGAGCGCGAAUAUACACAUAGAUACUCCGCUCGAUUCGAUAUUUCAAUAUGGCAAUCUAACACUCUUAACUUGAAAUAUUCUAUGAGUAAAUACCGUUAUUUUAUUUCUAUCGUUUCGAUAUGUGUCGUAGUAUUUUGAUCAGUCGAGUUGUCUUGCAAACGUGAAAACUCUUUGGUGCCUAAGCAUCGAAUAUUGGCAACUAGUGGCGUGAGCAAAGGCACCUCGCUCAUGCGUAAUCAAGUGCGAGUGAUCACACCGUUAUUGGAGGAGUUCUCUAUGUUCUAAAAUAACUGCAACAUAAUUUCGUUUGCGAGAAAUGCAGGUUAGGUUGAGGUGGCUGUUGCGCCAUAUGAAGUGUAAAGAGUCACCAUUAGGCCGGUCGGUUGGCUUAUUGUGCGACGACUUUCAGGCGAAAAAUGCUGACCGUUGAGGCGUCCAAUUUGAGCAUUUGCCGGAGAAGCAGAUUAUUUUCACAGGCUUUGUGGUUUAUAGUGCUUGGUUAAUUUGGUUAUAAAGCCAAAUAAAUCAGACGUUUAAAAUUAUAACACUGGGCAUUCAGGCUGUAACUGUUUUAAAAGGCUUUCUUUUGGCAGACAUUUUUUUUUCAAGUAAAUUAUUUUCUAAUUGUUUUGAUUUAUCGCCUAAUAAAACAUUUUUGUAAAGCUACAAAGUCUCUGGCGAUAAAAUUUUUGAAGGAAUUUGGGUUUUUUUAUAUUAUAAAACUGAGAUGGAAAACUAAUAUCUUUUAAAGAUCAGUAAACAGAUCUUAACGAUUUAUUACCUUCAGGUGAUUUCAUUUGAAUCAAAAGUCGUUUCAAAAGCAAAUAAAUUUUCUGGCGAUUUUUCGCUAUAAAACAAAGUUUUUGAAGGAAUUUGAGGUUUUUUUUCUAUUUUAUAAAACUGAGAUGAAAAACUAAUUUCUUUUAAAGAUUUUGUUUUUUAGUAAAACAGAUCUUAAAGUUUUAUUACCUUCAGGUGAUUUCAUUUGCAUCAAAAGUUGUUUGAAAAACAAAUAAAUUGGUAAAUAAACAAAGAUUUUGCGGACAUAUUGCGUUUUCUAAAACAAUCGCCUGUGCCAUGGUUAGAUUAGAUUAGAUUAGAUUUGUGGGGGGGUUGGACAAGUCCAAGCACUCAGUCAGGAGACAAUUAUACUACACCCGGAUAGAUUUCAGUAGAAAGAAUAGAGAUAGGAAAGAUAAAAUGUGGGUGGGAAGACGGAAAAAUUAGUUUGAGGUAACUCUUCCACAAAUCUCUUGGAUUCAUUGAUGAAUCUUCAGAGAUCCGGAAGAGGAGAGUAUGAACUGUAUCCAUACUCAGUACAUCUCAACCCAAUAUCUAAAGUCUGAUUCUGGAAAAUGCAGAACAGGUACAGAGAAAAUGCUCUGCAGUGUCGUGAUCCUCAAGACAGGAUGGGCAUAUCGGACUAUCGACGACCCCCUUAGAAGCCAUAUGCUGACUACAAACGUUGUGCCCUGUGAUUACACCCACCAGUACUCUCAGGUCUUUUCUGCUGAGUUUUAAGAGAAAGGUCGCUAUUUUCCUAUUCCUGGUUCUUUCACAAAGCACUUGGCUACUCUGCACGAGUUCAACCCAGACCAACGUCCUCUGUGGGUAGAACUCAUGAGGUCGUCAACCCAUAGUUGAAUCGAUGCAGAAUUGACACUUAGAAAGGGCUCAGCGCCUAGUGGCAUACUUGCAGAGCCUUCACUAGCUAGUCUCUCAGCUAACUCGUUUCCUGUAAUACCACAAUGUUCAGGCACCCUAAUCAGACUAACUUUGUUGUGUUUUGCAACACUGUUCAGUUUUGUCUUACAUUCACCAACUAACUUCGAGUGGGUUAGCAAGGGCUCUCAGUGCAGCUUGACUGUCACUACAAAUUCCAAUACUGUUGCCCCGCCACUUUUUCUCAAUUAGUCAGUACGCCCCAUUCAAGACGGCAUAGACUUCCGUAAGGAAUACCGUGGCCAUCUGUCCUGUGGCAUAGGAGUACUUAGUAUCUUCAUCUAAGUACCACCCAGAUCCGCUACCAUCCCUGGUUUUGGAUCCGUCGGUGUAGAAAGUAUGCUGAUAUCCCGUUAAUAGGUUCUCUGGACUUACCCAUUGAUCUCUAUCUGGGAUCAAAACAUCAUACUUCCUACCGAAGCCGACGAGAGGCACCCGAUUGUCCUUUGCAUCGAGAACAGUGUACACCGCUCCGACAACUGGUGGUAUAUCUGACAGUGGCCAGUGCUUUCUGCAUUUCCCCAGACUCCGUUUAACUUCUGCCUGUACGCCGCCUUCAUCGCUUGCUUUCGAAUUUGAAGAUCUAGGGGUUGCAAGUUCAGAAUGACAUUAAGGGCAUCAUCACCAGAUGUCGUACUCAUAGCACCUGUGAUUUAAAAUAAUGGUUGUCCAGAUCAAUACCAUCCAAUUCCGACCAUAAAAAAUCAUUAAUCAUCUCUCGAUAGGCUUUUACAUAUUUAAAUAACACCUGUUAUUGGAAAACCCUUUAUUUAACCUCAGAAGACAGUUGCAGUGUUACCUCUUUCAAUGUGGGUAGUAACAGGUUUCCAUAUUGCGUUUCAAGUGAGAUUAAUAAGCACACAUCGUCUGUGUAGGUUUGGAUGUGUUCAAUUUCCUCCAGAUCAUUAAGAAGAGAGUCCACAACAAAGCACCAAAGUAGGUGAGAGCGUACACCGCCUUGUGGACAACCCUUCUUAACCUCAACCUUGACUCCUUUAUCGCCUUCUCUAUCCAUGGUAAGCCGUCUUUUCGAUAGUACAUAUAGAGUGAAUAUAUCUGAAAAUAAUUUUUUCUGUUCCAUAAGUUCUGAUAGAAGAGCAAAGAGAAAGUCCAAGGUAGCAUUGUAAAAAGCUCCUUCAAUGUCUACGAACACACCAAGGGUGUACUCUCUUGUUUCUAGCAGAGCCGAUUCGCCAUGGUUAACGUUGAUUUUUUGUGUGUAUGGUUGAAUGUGUUAUAAGCUCCAGGGUUGUCAUUGUAUAACUUCCAUGCUUGUCGCGCUGUGCAUCAAUGUUAAAUUUUAUCUUUAUGCUUAAGAAAGGUAGGACAUGCAGAGCUAAACGACUUAUCAAUUUUUUUGGUACAAUUAACACACCAGCUGCCAGUGCAUGAACUAUGCAGGGGAGACUGAGCACAGUAGAACCUGUAAUACUUCUGAGUUGCGACACAAUUUUUUGGUAUGCCCUAGUUUCUGGCAGUUAGUACAUCUCGGGGUGUAUGAAUUUAUUUAUUUUUUAUUUAUGCGUUAGAAUUUCUUUUGUCUGAAAAUGAAUUACUUUUUGUUUAUGAGGCUUGUCUAAAAUAUUUACUACCUUCAGAACAAGGCGAAUCUAUACAAGGAGGUAGCACUAAACCAACAACAAUGUUCUGGACAAGAGAAUGUCACGACAUCCUAAUGCGCAAGGCGAAAGAAAAAAAACUCAAAAAUCAGCUAAUCUACGUACCAUCUUGUAUAGAUAUGCCUUGACACGUUUUUUUUGUUUUUUGUUGGGACAGUCUAGCAAGUACAACAUUCAGACACAAUUAAAUCCAUUGUACCGUACUGCACUCGGAUUCCCUUUUUAAUUUUCUUUAAAUCUAUUCGACCUGCGAGGAAAUCUGAGUAGAUUUUGUGGUGCCAGGGAGCCAAGGUGGUCGCUUUUAAACACAUCAGUGCCACAUACCUCAAGCGUGAUUUGAGCGAAGGCGGGCAGAUGCACAGAAAGUGGUCGGCCGUCUCAUCCUCUUCUCCACAUGCUGGGCAGAGUGCACUGUGUGAGAUGCCCACCUUUUCCAUGUGCAUUGCUCAUAGAAGGUGCCCGUCAUCAGUCCAACCAGCCUCCUACAGUCCCUUCUGCUUAGUGACAGUCGGAGGGACAUGACAGGUAAGAUCAGUUUUGUCCAUCUGCAGCCUCUCUCAGCCUGUCAAGCUCGCUUGUGGGUUAGAGUAACCUGUUUGCUAACCGUGGCUUUGAUGGCUGCAGAAUGGAGUGGCAGAACGGGCUCCGGGCCAAGAAAGUUGGGCUUGCCUUGUAAUAUACCUUUUCACUUAAAAGCUGUCGGAAAAGAAAUUAUUUUUAAGAUGUUUAAAAGUUUUUUUUUUAACAAGUCAAUUUUUUUUUUGUUUUUGUUUUUUUAACAAGCUAAUUUUGAUAAAACCAUCUUUGAACAAAAUUUUGCAAUGAAAAAAUUAAUUUCUAAAGGUUAGCUGGUCACGUAUUCGCCUUUAUAAUGAUAAUAAUAAUACAAUAAUAAAGGCCAAAAAAGGUGAUCAUUGUAAAACAGUACCAUCUUUAAGGUCUACUGCAAGACACCUAUUCCAGUUCUUAGGAAAUGUAGAAAGUAAUUGCUGUAGAAAGAAAUACGUUAAUAAAAAAAUACAUAUCACUCAAGUGAUAAGUGUCAUAAAGUGCAAAAGUGUCAUAAUUAAAAAACCAAAAUGUCGAGCGAAUGUCCGCUUUAAAGUUUUCAAUUUACUAUGCCUCACUAAGUAAAAAUGGUAAACUUGAGCAAAUGAGCAUAUAAAAUUAAGUAUAUCUCUGUCAACACAAAUUAAUCAUCAAUUACCUUUACUAAGAGUCGUAGAAAAGCUAUUUAGAUUUGCCAGCGUGCAUUUCUCGGAAUUUUGAAGCUAUCAGCAAAGAAAAAAAAUAUAUAUAUGUUUUAAUCCCAUUUACUUUUUUACUAAAACAAAUGUAUUGCUUAUCAUAAACCCCAUUAUUAUUAUUAUACUAACCCUAUAUACCAUAUAUACCAACAUACUUGUACAUGCAUUCCUACCCAUAUAUUAUAUACCCCGUUGAUUUUUAAAAUAAAAAUUUUUAUUCAUUGCUAGCUGCGAUUGGCUCUUUGAGCCCAUA